AUGAAUCCAGCCAUUUCAAACCUUGUUUUGAUGCUGGGUAUGACCCAGGUCUCCCGGAAGUUCGACUGGGAAAACCCAAACACUAUCUUUUAUGUCAGAGUGCUGUACGUUUCCUGUACGUUGGCGGUUCUCCUGAUCUAUCUUGCUGCUAGGUUCAAGAUCGUUAAGAAGAAUGAUUUGACCACCUUGAAGUACUUGGAGCCUGCUAAUGCCCUCUCUGGCCAGACUGAGCCCAAAUACGUGGUCACUACCGUCAAGGACUACGAUCUGAAGCAGAUCCAAAGCUCCAUCCGCGGUGUUUUCACCGGUGUCGCCAUGAUGGGUUUCAUGCAUAUUUACAUGAAAUACACGAACCCAUUGCUCAUGCAAUCCAUUUCACCAUUGAAGGGUGCUUUAGAGAACAAUAUCGUCAAGAUCCAUCUUUGGGGAUCAGCUCCAGUUGGAGACCUCAAGAGACCGUUCAAGGCUCCUUCCAUGUUCGGUGGUUCAGGCGAUGUCAAGACCGACAAGCAGUCGAUCGAGAAGGCCGAGACCGCCGGAACUGGUGGAAUCAAGGAGGAGUAG